UCGCCGCAUCGAUUCGUUACGAGAUAAUUGCUCCGGGGUAUUUUCUUGGAUUUUUCUCGCGAGUGAUUUGUUUGUGACAUUGCAGUGUUGUGGAUGCAUGGGCUGACAUGAACUGCGCGUAUUACCAACAGCACGGGGGCUCGCACCCCGCGCCGCACAAUGCUAAUAACAAUUCCUACUUCAACGAGGUUAGUAUCGACCCCGUGUCCGCGGAUCACAAGGACAUGAAGAUAUUAGAACAUCCGAGCUUACGCGGCACGCCUCUGGCGAUGUUGGCGGCGCAGUGCAACAAGCUGUCGAGUAAAUCGCCGCCUCCUCUGGCGGACGCGGCCGUCGGCAAAGGCUUCCACCCGUGGAAGAAGAGUCCCGGCGCCCACUCCCCGCCCGGCUCAGGAGCGGCGCCUCGCUCGCAGCCCCCGGCCUGCGCGCCCUACGCGCGGGCUCCCACCUCGUGUGCUGCAGCGCCCUCCUACGGCAAUGAUCUCUACUUUCCCUCUUCUGGCGACCAACUCCUCGGCAAAAGUGAAUCGAGCGCGAGUCUAGGAUCAAUGUAUUCCCGGCAUCCGUACGAAUCGUGGCCGUUCAAUGUGGGCGGCGGGGGCGGCAGCGGCGCCCUCAAAGCGGCCGAAAUGAGCGGCGUGGGAGCAGUUGGCAGCACGUGGUGGGACGUACACAGCGGCUGGCUGGACGUCGGAGGACAGAUGGCUAAUUACGCCGGACAAGAUUACUCCCAGCUGACACACUCUUUAUCGGGUGGAGCACAUUUAUUGCCGCCCGCACCUCACCUUUUACAAGAUGCGUACAAAUCCGUCCUACCAACUCAAGGUUCCUUCGGCCUUCACGGGCCCGGAUCACCCGCACCGCCCGCGCAAGCGCCAUCUCCUAGAUCACAAAGACGUUACGCCGGAAGAGCGACGUGCGAUUGCCCCAACUGCCAAGAGGCUGAGAGAUUGGGUCCGGCUGGAGCUCACCUUAGGAAGAAGAAUAUUCAUAGUUGUCACAUACCUGGUUGCGGUAAGGUUUACGGAAAGACGUCUCACUUAAAAGCGCAUCUCCGCUGGCACACGGGCGAGCGGCCGUUCGUGUGCAACUGGUUAUUUUGCGGGAAGCGGUUCACGAGGUCGGACGAGCUCCAGCGGCACCUUCGCACGCACACCGGCGAGAAGAGGUUCGCGUGCCCGGUGUGCAACAAGAGGUUCAUGCGCUCCGACCACCUCGCCAAGCACGUGAAGACGCACAACGGCGGGAAGAAGGGCAGCUCGGACUCGUGUUCGGACUCGGAGGAGAACAGUCAGGGUGAGGGCGGCGCGGGGCGCGGGUCUCCCGAGCAUUCGGUGGACGUGAAGCCGAGCGCGCUCGUGUGA